UCACUUCUCAAGUUCUCAACACACAGCUCAUAAACCCUAAAGAAUCUCAGAAUCCGAUCCCGAGGAAAGAAAGAUGCUCUUACGAAGCGCGUCGACUCCACUCCUCAACUCGCUGGUCCAUGCCUCGAGCCCGAGGGAAUCAUCUCCAAUCGAAGCCGAAUCUGUUCACCAGAUCCAACGGCCCAGAUCACUGAUGCUCUCUUCCUCUUCCUCCUGCUGUUGUUACAGCCCGAUGUCCGUCCACUCGAGCGACGAAUCCGCGAGGAGGAUGAAACGGACGGCGUCGGAGAGCGAUCUACGUCAUCUGACGUCGACUAAGCCGAGUAAGUUCCUCAGCGGCGGCGGCGGUGCUCUGAUGGAGGACGUGGAAGAAGGAAUCGGGUUCGGACUUAUACGCACGUCUUCUUAUGAUGGAUUGAGCUGGAGUCUGGAGGAGGAUGGUACUGAGGUUAGCGGCGGUUGCGGUGGUGGUGGUCGGGUUAUCCACGGCGGAGGAAACGGCGACGGAUCGGACGGUGAGGAUGGAGGAGAUGAUAGCACAGACGUUCACUAUCGUAAGAUGAUUGAAGCGAAUCCAGGAAACGGGAUUUUUCUCAGCAAUUACGCUAAGUUCUUGAAAGAGGUUCGAAAAGAUUACUUGAAAGCAGAGGAGUAUUGCGGGAGAGCGAUUCUGACGAAUCCUAACGAUGGGAAUGUUCUGGCAAUGUACGCUGAAUUGGUGUGGACUAUCCAUAAGGAUUCGUCUCGUGCUGAGUCUUACUUCAAUCGAGCUGUUGCAGCUGCUCCUGAUGACUGUUAUGUACAAGCUUCAUAUGCGCGGUUUCUUUGGGAUGCGGAUGAGGAGGAAGAAGAGGGACAUGAAAAAGAAUUUGAGCCUCAGACUUCUCGAAUGAGUUUCUACACUGGUCCUUCUCCAAUUACGGCCAUGUCUUAACUCGUGUGGUCUCGGCAUCUCCAUCCAGUUUUAUGUUUCAUAGAUUUAGAUAAACGUGUUACGUCUAUGAUCUAUCUGACCGGUUUGUUUUAAUGUAAAUUCGUUGUUAGUGUUUGCCUGUUUCUCUGCUUCAGUUUUAGAAUUUGUCUUAGUUGUAACUUGUAGUAGCACCACUGAAAGAAAAAUAAAGAAUGUAACUCUUUUUUUUUCCGAUUGAUGUUUAAUAAAAUUGAGAAUGUGUUGAUUA